AUGCGAGGGUGCAUUGGCAAUGACAACAUACGGAGGUGGAAUAAUGGCGGUAAUCGUGGCUUAAUCUGCGACAAGGAUGGUGCUACUUAUAGAGUCACUCCAAAUACAAUGUAUAUUGGAAUGACAACAUAUGAUACCAACUCGAAUCCAACAGCAGUAGAUUCGAUGUCUGGGUCUGUUGAUGGUCUUGCACUUGGUAGAACCAUUCAUGAAAGUCAUUUCGGUGUAGUAUACAACAAUUACCGGGCCGGUCAAACAAUCAGAAUGUGUUUCGAUGCAGGCUCUCGAUUCGUAACUGCUGUAGCUGCGGCUAUGAUUCCUGGCUCCGGCAAUAACGACGAAUUUACAGUACUCUUAGAAUAA